GGAGGAGGAGGAGGCGGCGCUGGGCAGGGCGCGGCACGUACCGGCGGCCUGGGCUUCAGUCCGCGCGGAGCCGGGAGAGGAGCAGCAUCGCCCGCCGCGGCUAUGCCGAAGCACGAGUUCUCUGUCGACAUGACCUGCGAAGGGUGCUCCAACGCGGUCACGCGCGUUCUCAACAAGCUGGGAGGUGUCCAGUUUGAGAUCGACCUGCCCAACAAGAAGGUGUGCAUCGACUCGGAACACAGCGUCGACACCUUGCUGGCCACGCUGAAGAAAACCGGGAAGAGCGCCUCCUACCUGGGGGAGAAAUAACCCCCGAGCCGACGGGUCCGAGGGUCAGGCUUUCUCCACACCCCAAACGAGGAGUGCUAACAUGAUGGCUUCAGUGAGAAGAGGCCUGUAUACAGAUCUGUCGACACCCUCUGUCAUUUGACCCCGGUUACCCUGCCAGAUGUUGGAAAGAAGAAGGCUGAGAGGAGGAAGGACCCUCAGAGUAAAGGACCAGGUUCUACUUGAACCAUAGUUUGUAAAACUCCCCUCUUGAAAUGGAGGGUUCAGGUGUGCUCUCCCUCUCUGGCCUUGCAGUAAACGAAGGAGCCGCUUCUAUUUUCAAAUACA